AAACCAUCAAUAAGCCAGCAGUCAGUCGCGGAGUAAGGAGGUGGAAGCCUCUCGCUCGCUCAGUCUCUCGUUCUCCGUUCGUGUUCUCUAGCGAGGAGGAUCUAAUCAAUGGAAGAAGAAACAGGGUAACGGAGGCUGUUGCUCUUCUGUCUGCAAUGGAUGCUUGUAGAAAAUGCAGUGUUUGUGGAUAAACAAUAACUGUGCCAGACUGGAAUAUUCCCUACAAGGAGACAUACUGGUACAGCCGAUGGAUGUUCACGGUACAGCGACAACUGCUUGUGUUUUGAUGGAGAUUUGGUCGAGCUGAUGCUGGUUGUGUAUACUGGAAGCACCGACACCAGGUGAUGGGUCUGCUAGUGUAACAGUAGAGGUACUUUUCAUGGGAUUCCUACUACUCUCUGUGGCAUCGGUUUCUGUACCUGGAUGGACUUGUGUAUCUGGCUGUAGGAUUAGUCGUGGUUAUUUGCCAUGCUGUAGUGAGAUGAAGUGACCACUGCACAUGCGGGAUGGACCGUAUCAAGCAACAACCGCGGAUACAGCGGCGCACACGCAUGAAAAAUCGUGGAAGCCAAACAUGCAGUUCCUCCGACGAAGACUUCCACUCAGAUGAUAAUCUGCGUCCUUACGAAGAAGUCAAGAUUGCCCAUCACGAUAAAAAAUUAGCGGGACUAGGUUUAACGCCUAAUGAGCAUGCAGUGUCCCCGCUCGGAGGCAACCCAGUCGGACAUGCUCGCGCCUAUAGUUACAUGAGUGGGUCCGAUGAUGAAAUUGAGCAUGCCCCGCCCACAACUCUCCCAUUGGGCAGUGUGUACCAUCCGGGCCUCAGGCCUGGGACUGUUGUAUAUGCCCAGCCACCCGAGGAUAUUAAUAUGCCCAAUCAAUACCGCCAUAGAUUGCACAUGUCUGAAUCAGAUGAAGAUAACCGACUACCAAUGCGGCAAAAUAGUCGGACAGGUUCCGUACCCCUACCUCCCCCAACGCUACCCCCACCGCCGCCCCCACCCAUCGAAGACAUUCCACAACGCAGUCCCGGACUGCCUCGUCAGAAAUCCUUCGGCCCCUCACAGAGGGGAAACUACUCUGAUAUAGACACCUGUUGUCGACGCCAACAGUUCUCUGACGGAGAGGGGGACCCAGACCUUCCGUAUAUGGUCCAAAAUACUCCUGGGGGUGUAUUUGCACCUGCGUAUUUGGAUGCAAGCGACAUGCAGCCACGAUUCCCGCGCACCGUUCCAAGGUCAGGGUCAGUGCCGAGCACGCGUGGUUUGGACAUGGCCAGUCCCCACAGUCGCAGCGGACUCUCGGACACCUACUCUACUCGCAACUACCCCAACGGGGAACAGCAGAUGUUAGCACACAACAAUAUAGAGAGGCAAGCCUUCACUUUUCCUCAGUUUGGUGUGCCCAGCAUUCCAAUGGGGACAUACCCCCCCUCACAAGACUACGGUUACUAUUCCAAGUUCAGUAGCGCGAGUCAUAGAAUGAAGAAACAGCUGAAGCAGAGAUGCACAUGGAAGUGCACCGCUCUCAUCCUUCUCAUCAUGUGUGUGGCCUUACUGGCGUGUACCGUAUACUUCGCAGCUAUGUCGAUGUUCGAGGAGGGCGAGAAGGUGGCACAGGACGCCGACCCCACCUUGCAGCACGUCAACUGUGCCUUCAACUUCUCCCGCAACGGAUAUUCAACAUUACGGCCAGGCUCCCCUGGCAACCAGUGGGGAACACCAACACCAUUACCCAUUCCAAAGUUAGUGAUGUUCGGUCAGCCUCUCACAGAACAGAUUCCUCCAAAGUCUUUCUGGCAGAGCCAGUUCGGACAGGACAGAUCAGGGUUUAUUCAGUUCAACUUCAGUCUUUCUGGGUCAGCCAUAUUGGGUGUGUAUGGAAGACGGAGUGCCCCGCCCACCCACAUCCAGUACGACUUCAUGAAGAGAUUGGAAGGCAACCGAGUUGAAGCGUCAAGGUCAAAAAGGGCUUUGUCAAAGAUGAACCCUGGCAGGAUGAGGCUUGUUGAGUUCCUGACCUCUGGCGACUGGUACCUGGGCAUCUACAAUGACAACGAGGAACCACAGACUGUGACACUGGAAGCAGACAAUAUCAGAAUGCAGAGUGGUUGUCCUGGUGAUUGCCAUGGCAAUGGACGUUGUGUUGGUGGAAAGUGUCAGUGUUUUCCUGGUUACCAAGGGGAUGCCUGUGCUGAAAACAAAUGUCCAAUUCUGUGCAGCGGCAAUGGUUUGUAUGCUCAUGGUGUGUGCAAAUGUCACCUGAACUGGAAAGGCAGGGAAUGCGAGUACAGGGAAAACGAGUGCCAAGUCCCUAACUGUAACGGAAACGGACAUUGUAUCAAUGGACAGUGCGUCUGCUUCCAAGGGUUUCAGGGACCAGAUUGUGGCAUUGUUGACUGUGUUAUGUCCAAUUGCUCUGGUAACGGGGUAUGCAUACACGGCCAGUGUAUGUGUUUCAAGGGCUAUAGAGGGAAUGCGUGUAGCGUACCCGACAAAAUAAAUGUCACACAAAUAUGCGCUAAAGACUGCUCAAGCCACGGAGUGUAUGAUGUGGAGACCCAUCGCUGCGUAUGUGAGCGCCAUUUCACAGGCGAGGACUGUGAAACAGAAAUUUGUCGACUCGAGUGCUUUCAUGGCUUCUGCAAAAAGCAGCGAUGUGAGUGCGACGAGGGCUUUACCGGCGCCCUCUGUGAUCAACUUAAAUGCGACCAUCGAUGUGAAUUGCACGGAUACUGCAACAACGGGACCUGCACAUGCCAGAAUGGUUGGAAUGGAAGACACUGCACAAUUGACGGCUGCCCUGAUGACUGUAGCAACCAUGGUGAUUGUACAAGAUUCCGAGAAGGAUGGAAUUGCACUUGCAAUGAAGGAUGGAAGGGCUUGGCGUGCAACAUUGCGAAGGAAACCAAAUGUGACGAUAUGGCUGACAAUGACAACGAUGGACUGUUGGAUUGCCUGGACCCAGACUGUUGUUCCACUACUUCCUGUAGCAAUGACCAGUAUUGCAAGGUGUCGCCAGAUCCUAAGGACGUCCUCCUCAGCAAACAACCCCCCAGCACGACGGCCUCCUUCUUUGACAAGAUGCGCUUCCUCAUCGAGGAGGACAGUGUACAGACCCACGCCACUCGCAACGCCUUCAAUGAAAGCCAAGUGUCAGUCAUCCGUGGACGAGUGACAACCAAAGACGGAACACCUCUGAUUGGUGUCAAGGUUGAAAUUGUUGCACAGCCUCUUUAUGGAUUUACCCUGACAAGAAAGGAGGGAGUAUUUGACAUCCUCGUUAAUGGCGGAGGUUCAGUGGAACUCGAGUUCAUCAGACAGCCAUUUGUAACCAAGUCUGCAAGUGUUCUGACACCAUGGAACCAGAUCAUCACCAUGGAUACAGUGAUCAUGACACUCACCAAGGAGGAACCUGACCAUCUGUUCCCUGAGGACUGCAUCACUGAGCACCAGCACUACCUCCUGAAGCCUGUGGUUCUGUCCACCUGGCAACACACACAGCUAGGAGCCUGCCCAGAGAAGAGCACCAUCAUUCCAGAGUCACAGGUCCUGCAGGAGAGCCUUGACCUGCCUGGAACCAAGGUGCACCUGGUGUACCACAGCAGCGAGUCCCUGGGCUACAUGUCCCUCAUCCUGAUCCAGAUGACCCCCACCACCAUCCCAGAAAACCUCUCCCUCGUCCACCUCAGGGUGUCCGUGGAAGGCGUGGUCCUGGAGAAAACCUUCGAGGCCGAUCCCCUUCUCAAGUACACCUUCUCCUGGAACCGACGGAACGCAUUCAACCAGAAGGUCUACGGGAUAGUGACGGCAAGAGUGUAUGUGGGUUAUCAGUAUCAGGAAUGUGAGUACAUCUUCUGGGAGACAAGGAGCACCACGGUCAAUGGGUUUGACCUGACCUCCUCCGAGAUCGGCGGCUGGAACCUUGACAUCCACCACACCUACAAUUUCCAGGAGGGCAUCCUUCACAAGGGUGACGGCACCAACAUCUACCUCAAGGAGAAACCCAAACGCAUCAUCAACAUCCUCGGUAAUGGCAACCGCCGCAACCUUUAUUGUGAUGCCUGUAAUGGCAAGGCUCAAGAGAACCGUCUUCUGGCACCAGUGGCGCUGGCAAGUGGGCUGGAUGGCAGUCUGUAUGUGGGAGAUUACAACUUCAUUAGAAAGCUGUCGCCAGACAGGGAGGAGAUUGCCAGCAUACUGGAGAUGAGCACACAGUCCGUGCCCUACAAGUUCUACAUGACCGUGAGCCCCGUGGAUGGACGUCUGUACAUCUCCGACUUCAUGAGCCAUAAGGUGAUCCGAGUGAAGACCAUGGGGCCGGUGCGAGACCUCAAGGACAACCUGGAGGCCGUGGCAGGCAACGGGGAGGAGUGCACCCCUGGCGAGGCCGAUCUGUGCGGGGACGGUCAGAUGGCCAUACAGGCCCGGCUCCGACAUCCUAAAGGUAUUGCCAUCAACAAGGAAGGGGUCAUCUAUGUGGCUGACGGCCCCAACAUCCGGAAGAUCACCGCUGACGGCUACAUCACCACGCUGAUCGGCACCCAGGAACAACUGAGGGAGUGGACGCCCAUGCCUUGUGAUGACAUUCUGUCCGCAGAGAGGGUUAGCUUGCGAUGGCCGACAGCUCUUGCAAUUGAUCCCCUUGAUGACACCCUGCACAUUCUUGAUCACAGCAUUGUGCUGAAGCUGACCAAGGACUACAAGCUGGUCACAGUGGCGGGACGUCCAGCCUACUGCCCUCCUCGCCAAACAAACUUCUUUCCAGCUGGCGUCUUGUCCGACGAUGAACAGGCAACAAGCAUCGCUGAUCACGUGACCCUGGUGUCGCCCGAGUCCAUCACCUUUUCACCUCAUGGCGACCUCUACAUUGUCGAGAGUGACACGCAUCACAUCAACCGAGUUCGUGUUGUCACAACUGACGGAUUGAUACAUCACUUUGCUGGGGCGAAAUCCAAGUGCGAUUGUCAGAAGAAGACAUGUCCAUGUUAUGUGAUGAAAGAACGCCUGGCCGCUCAGGCUCUGUUCAACACGCCCAAGUCGAUCACUGUGACACCUGACGGCAUUAUGCACAUCGCCGACAUGGGAAAUCUCAGGGUGUUCUCCAUCGUGUCUGAGCUUCCGGAACGCAGUGUGAAUCAGCAGUAUGAAGUUGUCUCCCCUGAAACCCAGGAAAUCUUCAUAUUUAACCGCUACGGACAACACCAGCACACCAUCAGCAUUAUGACCAAUCAGUACAUGUACAACUUCACCUACAAUGUCAACUCCUUUUAUGGCAAGGUCAAAUCUGUAAUCGACAGUGCUGGCAAUAGUCUGAUAAUCGUCCGCGGAUAUGACACACAUGCUAAAGAAAUAAUCACCCCGAAUAACGCCAAGUGUGAACUCAUGAUGGACAACGAACGCCACCUCUAUCGCUACACGGCCCCAAACAACAUGACUGCAACCUUCACCUACAUGAUGAGCACAGACCUCUUGGAGUCCAAGCACACUUCCGACGGCCAGACCUUCAAAUACGAGUACGACGACAUGGGCCGACUACUCACCAUCAGUCAACCGACAGGGGAGAUAACUCGUCUGCAGACCGACGUGAACACAACAGGUUCCAUUGUUCAUGUCACUACAGAUAGCAGUGAUGUGGUUGCUAUGGCGACCUAUGGGAGCGUGCAAUCUGUCAUGCAUGGAUCGACCCAGACGAAAGUGACGUACCUGCCUGGAGGAGCUGUUGUGGUGCUGUUCCCUAGCAACCUGACUGUUGCUAUAGAAACAGGAGGACACCCAAUCAUGGAGAACGAGCACCGCAUGCAUUACAAAAGGAAGGUGAUCAUACCGGGGGCGUACAUUCACCGACUGGAAUGGCGCUUCUAUUUACGCCGCAAGGGUAGGAGUCGGCAGAGUCGAAUCAUCGAAAAGAUCGGUCAACGAUUGAGGGUAGGAUCCCCGUUUUCACGGCAUGCGCACAUGCAUGAUUGGCAUGAGGAUGGAAUCAAGGAAAAAGCUCUCUUGAUCAAUGGAGAGAAUCUCUUGACAAUGGAGUAUGACCGGAAAACCCACAUGGAAACUAUUAUGGACAAGACUCUGCGAGAGAUUCUGACGAUCGUUUACGACAGUUCCGGCCUGCCGUCGCACUUCCUGCCCGCAACGGGUCACCACGCCAUGAACAUCACGUACAGCCCCCGCGGCGACAUCACUCAGUGGCAGUACGGGGAGUUGCGCGAAACUCGGCAGUAUGAGAAGGGGGUGCUCACUGAGAGGACGUCCACAAAUGGGGCACAGUUCCGAUACUUCUACAGAUACGGGUCAAAGAAGCCAACUGAUAUCAUUCUCCCAAGUGGAAAGCAGUACCUAUUUGAACAUGACACAGAGGGACACCUGGCUGCAGUCACCACUCCUGUCCUGGGCAAGCACCUGUUCCACAGAGUUCUUUCCCUUGGUAUUCAACGCUACCUGUACCAGCCACCAGGGAUAGAUCUGCCCUUCAUCAUGGACUACGACACCAAUGGUAAACUGAAACAUGUGCGCCAUCCUGGUGAGCAGCGAUGUGUGUACUACCGCUACAACAAUCAUUUCCAGAGAUCAGAGAUUCUAUUUGACAAGACCAGUGUUAAGUUUGUGUACAACCCAGAUGUGCAGAGACUCGCUAGCACCGCCCUCAAGAUGUCCGGGUACAGCUACAUUGCCAACUACAGCUACAUCAGCUCCCUGGUGAAGACCAUGACCGUCAGCUUCCCCCACGACCAGGACCUUCUUGGAGUCAACUUCACUCACGACUAUGACAACAACUUCCGACUAAUCGCAACAGUUGCCGUCUUCACCAACAACGUCACUCUGAUCAGCAACAACACCUACAGUGACAUCAAUGGCAAACUGUCAAAGGUCAAAACUAUUGACAUUAAGUGGGCUGCCCAGGACAAGGAGGUUCUCAAUAUCGGCAGUAUCAACAUCAUUCGAGAGUAUGAUAGCUACGGCAGAAUGAGAGACAUUCAAUUCAAAUUUGCAGAAAAUGUUCGCUUCACCUUGCAAAUCAAUUACGACCAGUUGAACAGAAUUCAUCAGUGGCGACGUAGGAUUGGUCAGACAGACCAAAAGGCGAUCGAGUACAUUUAUGACAUUGAUAACAACAUGAAGGAUGUGCUACUGGAAGGUCAAUCAGCCUGGCAAUAUGGCUAUGAUGCCAACGGCAACAUCUUCAAGAUCACGGAACACAAGAAGAUAAAGGACUUGGAGUUCGAUGUCGGGGACAGGAUCGAGAAGUUCGGAGAGAUGUGGUACAAGUUUGACAAGGACGGGUUCAUGGCUCAAAGAGGCAAAGAACAUCUCCUGUUUGACUCCCUCAGCAAUCUGAUCUCCGUCUCCAAGCGGGACAAGUACAGGUUCUCCUACUACUAUGACUCUGAAGGGAGACUGUCAGUCCAGAAAGACAUGUAUGGCAGGACAGUGCAGUUCUUCUAUUCCAACGUCCAGGACUCCAAGCAGGUCACCCAUACCUACAACCACACUUCAGCCGAAGUGACCCUCUACCUGUAUGACCGUGAUCAGAGGUUGUUAGCCAUGGAACGUAACAACAAAGUGUACUACAUUGCCUCCGAUCCCAAUGGCAGUCCGCUGGUGGUGUUUGACGAACAAGGCUAUACCAUCAAGCAGUGCAGCUACACGCCCCUUGGGCUGCUGGAACAGGACACCAACCCCAACUUUGAGCUGGUGUUCGGUUUCCAGGGCGCCAUCUAUAACCCGGUCACACUGCUGGCCCACUUCCCAAAGAGGGUCUACGACACUCAGAUUGGACGGUGGCUGUCCCCAGACUAUGCGGGCAUGUUUGAUAAACUGGAAGAUGUCAUCUCUCUGCCUGAGAUCCUCAACUUGUACCAGUUCCGCAACUUCAUCAACCUCCACAUGGCCAAGGAAAAGUUGCCCCGCACAGACCUCACGAGCUGGUUGUCAGUGUUGGGCUACGACAUCAAGAGCAUGGCUCCCGAUGUGUCCUACACCGGAAUACUCCACCCGGAGCCUUCCACCACAGACUUCCAGCUUCUCCCAAGCUCCUCGGCGUUUGAGUGCACCUUUGACCGUGACAUGCUGAACCUCCUGACGAUCUCAACUGUUCCAAAGUCCAAGAUCACGCCCCUCCAGAGUCUGCCGAGUGAGAAACCAGCACCGCUCCUUGCAAUAUUUGGCGAGGGGGUAACCAUCUCCAUCGUCAGUGGCAAGGCUGUUAUCAAUGUGGCAGACAUUGCUUCUGAAUGGGCGAGGAAGCUUGCGACUGUGCUCCUGAACAAGUCCCAGAUGGUCAAACUCCACUACACGAUUCAUGGAAAGGACGUUCAUUACUUCAUCAAAUCCAGCUACACCCAGGCUGAGGAUGAUCUCCGCACACUGGGCAUCACCACUGAUCUCGUCACGCUUGAUAAUGGCAUCAAUAUUUCUGUGCAUAAGAAUCAGAGAAGUCAUGGCUUUGGACGAGGUCGGGAUGAGAUAGAUGUUCGUAUCCAUGGCAAUCACACUGUGAUAAAUAUCCGCUACGGUACCAACAUUGACCACGAGAUGAACCGAAUCUUGCACCAUGCCAAGGAGCGUGCUGUGGCAUCAGCGUGGCACACGGAGAAGUACUUGAUACAGAACAGUCUACCCACAAGGUUUGAAUGGGAAGACGAAGACGCCAAAGAGCUUCAAGCCAAUGGCCAUGUGAACGGAUGGGAAGGAGAGUACAUCCGUUCUCCCCAGGAUUACCCAGAACUCUCAGAUGACGCGAACAAUAUAAGAUUUAUCAAACAAGCCAGGUAGGACUGGAAAAUUAGGUUUUAGUUGUGUUUAAUUUCUGAAGAAUGGCCGUUGACCAAGUCAACGAUAUGGCUGAUAUUGCUUCAGCAGGUCAAGGUUAAGGUCAAGCUGUGAGGGGCAAAGAAUGGCAUCUGUGACAAUGGUGCUUCCUUUCAGGGAGGAUGAAAGGUGUUUUAAUAUGGGUGGUUGCCACCCCCACCCCCAUGCAUACAGUGUGCUAUGUUCCUAUACUGUGGUUGGUGAUCCAGAUGACAAGUGAAACGUUAUGGGUGCUUUAUUUGUUUUGCCCAGUGCUUGUCUUUCUACUGACCCCCAUUGGAAAGUGGGACAUGAAGUGUGCUGUCCCCCCCCUGGACAUCCCCUCUCCCCCCAAAGGAGGGGUCGGGACAGCACUGAGAGUUCUGUGAUGGUGCUAUAUUAGGUGUACACACGAUUAUACUACCACUGAUACAGAGUAAAGACUGCUUCUAGUCACAACAGAGAGGCCUGGUCCCCCCAGGUGUACAUACUGUAUUCUUGUUUGAAGACAUUCAUAGAUGUUUGUACAGAUAGCUAAACCAUAAGUUGCUGUUUUGUUGGACUGAUAGAGUUCAGGUCGAAAGUGUCGUGUUGACCUGCACUUGGGUCACAUUGACCUGCAACUCUGAGGUCAAGGUGACCAUGCAUUAUGAACUUACAAGCACAAUCUUAUUGUGACUGACUCAUGGUGUUCCAAUGACAGUUUAUACAAACUGUAAGCUAGUAGGCAGGGGGCGAUGUAAGAAAUUCUCGGUGAUUCUAAAUGUUACCAAAAUCAUUCAUAAAGAAAAAAAGUGCAUCAUGUCAGUGUUUUGUGAGUCUCAUUGAUGAGGGCUUUGUAUGUGACAGAGACUUUCUUCCACCUAGAAGCCCCAUUGUGUUAUACGAGGUGCUCCAGCCCUGUGACUUCAGGCCAUCCCUUGGUGUAACACAGACAGCCUAACUACAAGGUGAAGACCCUCCGUGUUUCUACAGGAUCACCUGGAAUGUCUGGUCAGGGAGUCUCCAUGAUCUGUGUUGUCAUGGAGAUGUCAUGCCCAUAUAUGUAUCAGUGUUAAAAAGUACUGCUAAAUAGGCAAACCAAAUAUUCAACAUCUGCUGGUUGGAAUGACAACCACUGCAAUCUGAUUGUUGAAUUUAAGAGGAAACAUGUAUUAACUUUUUACUCAAACUGAUCAGAUAUUUCUGAAUGUAUUGAAAUUUAUAGCUUUUAUGUCUUGAAAUCGGCUUAAAGUAUUUCACAAAUAACAAAAUUUACAUUUGUUGAAAUGCUUGAAAGUAACGUGAGGGUCUUAAUCUGAACUGUCACCGGAUGGUCUGUGAAUUGUGAAGAUGUUUCACAGGAACCUUGACAAGGGAUGCCAACAUACCGCCAUGUUCUUACAUAUCCAUGAUGUCAAUCUGUGUGUAAUUUCACUCGCCUAUUUCACAGUUGGCUUGUAUGAUAAGCAGCUUUGUGAAAUGUUGUACAUUUGUAGACAAACUGGUAUUGGCACCAACUGUGAUCCAGUGCAUGUACCUAUCAUUUCACUGACAAUAUUCAUCUCUGUGUUGGUAGAUCAGAAGCUUCAGGAACCGUUACCAUGGUUACAGGUGUCUGUGAUAUACACAGAAUAUAUAUCGUAUACUGUUCCAGCUGUCUCAGACUGAGAUAUGUAAUAUCGAAUGCUGUCAUUCCUGAGAUCAUCAUUCUGAAUUAAGAUCAUAAUAUUAUUGUCUUAUAAUCUGUGUGAAAGAUGUCACUAUGCUUCUUUCAUUUAAAAAUUAGCUCUGAAGGAAAAUUGUUACGAAUGACUAUCGUGAAAAACCAUGUUUCAAGUAGCAGUGGAUGUUUUGAUUUUAUGAUUGAUCUUUCAUUUAAGCUCAACCACGCAGCUUAGGAGUUCAUCAUGGAAAUUGUUAGUGUAAUAAUCAAGUAGAGACCAAAUACAGAUCAUAUAGACCACACAUUAUGGUCUGUGGUAAAGGGUAGGAAAUAGUCUUGCAGAAUACAGUAUGUCUGACCAUGAGAUCUGGUCUACCAACACUGGUGUUAAAUUCAUUAUAAACUUGAUAUGCAAUAAAUAACUGCCAUUAUGGUUUUAAAGUGGUCUAUGCUGAUUACAGGCCUAGUUUUAGUAAGUUGGGAUUAUGUUACUUUUUCAACUGCAUAAGAUUUGGGUUACCUGCAUGUGCAAUACAUCUGUUGUGUUCACUGAAGUCUUAAUUCAAACGUUAUGCCAUGAUGGUCUUCUAAAUAUUAAUUAGUGUGCAUUAUCUAUUCUCGAAAAGCUAUUUGAGAGUAAAAUGUAACUCAAAUAUAUGUCUAUUGGAUAUUGAAUAUCAUUUACAAAAGAACAGAUUAGAAACAAAUAUCACUAUCAAAUUUUUAAUUUGAAUAUCUUCCUUUGUAUCUUUAAACAACUUCUAGGGUUUUCUUUCAAUAACAAUUUUACCGUAGUGUGAGUUCGUCUAAAAAGAAAUCUAAACUUAUUCGGUGUUACUUUUCAGCAUUUUCUGUGAAACGUUAGUCAGUAUUAUUAAGAAAUCAUAAUCAAAGGUCAGAUAACUAUAUGAUUGUUUCUAUCAAGAAUGGAAGUUUCACAAAUGUUUAUUGAAGUAUGUACAAUGUUCAAGUUUUAAAUGUUUCCUUAUGGUUAUGUUUAUCAUUUCAUCGACUCAUCCUCUUAGUUUUACAGUCCAGUUAUAAAAUAACACCAUUCAUCGAUUACCACUGUUUUGUUUUAGUCAAUAUUGGCAUUUGACAUCCAGAUAUGGCAUUCUUCCUCCAAUUAUGCAAUGUCUUAAACUUGUUUGUGUUGAUAUCUCAUCAAUUCCUUGCUUCAUAAAUCUGUGUGUUCCUCUAGCGUAUAUAGUGAUCUAUGUGCCAAAUGUCCAUUUUGUUCAAGUCUAUUUUAGGGUUUAAUCAGUUUGCAUGACACGCCCCUGUUUCUAUACCUCAUAAUACCUGACUCACUCACUCAUGCAAUCACCCACUUGAAGUCAAUGUAAGAUUAUGUAAAUCAAAAUACUAUUUUGAAAUCAUGCGCUAUUUCCCCGCAUCUAUGCUGCUUGAACCUUGUGUUGGGCACUGAGUAAAGCUGAUGUCAUUCAUGUGUCGAGAAAUUCCACGGUGAGCACAGAGGCCAGCUCAUCUCGUCUUAUCAUGUAUGUACAAAUGCAAUAUUUAAGGCGAAUGCAACAUUAUUCUGUUUUGUAUUUUAAAGGAAAUAAAAAUGCAUAACUAUCGAAUCAUGAAAA